AAUAAAACGCUGCUGCCCCUCUCCAGAAAGUACAAUUCCGCUCUGACUGCAGCACUACUUUUCUACCUAAAAUCCUCUCUCGUUUGCUCCAUUUUCACUCAUUAUGAGUUGGACGGUGAAGGGUUUCGUGCUGCCCCUGGUGUUGCUGUGCUUGUGGCGGCUGCAAGGAGGAGCACAAGCCUGCAGCUGUGCCCCUGCGCAUCCACAGAAGGCGUUUUGCCAAGCAGACGUCGUCAUCAAGGCCAAGGUGGUCGCAGGGAAGGAUGUGGAUGGAUUUGACGAGCCCAUCACGUAUGACAUCAAACAGACCAAGAUGUUUAAGGGCCCUGACAAGGAAAUUGAUGCUGUGUACACGCCACCCUCCUCUUCAUUAUGCGGAGUGACUCUGGCCAAUGGCGUAGAAUAUCUUAUCACAGGCAAAUUGGACUCUGACGGGUCGCUGCACGUCACCUUGUGCGACUUCAUCGCGCCCUGGGAGGGCAUGAGCUCCACCCAAAAGAAGAGCCUGGUACAGCGCUAUGAAAUGGGCUGCGAUUGCCAGAUCACUCGCUGCACCUCCGUCCCAUGCGGGAUCAGCAGCCCAGCCGAGUGCUUGUGGACGGACUGGCUGAUAGAGAAGUCCGUCAACGGAGAGCAGGCCAGACAUUUUGCUUGUAUUAAGAGGAGUGAUGGUUCUUGUGCCUGGUACAGGGGGGCCUCCUCACCCAAAAAGGGUUUCAUGGACAUUGAAGACCCUUAAGACUCAACCGUGCAAAAGAUGUCAAAAUUACAAAUAAAGUCUCUAUUUUUAAGAAAGCAAUGCUGCGUGUUUUUCUAUGUUGAGGUUGCUUUUUUUUUAUGACAAUCAUGAGUUCAGCACUUUCCAGCUCCAAAGCACUUCUGUACAAACUACUGCUUCAGCAGAAAUAAAUGGAAUCCUCACAUGUCAGUAUUAAGCUCCACUGCAUUUUUUAUUGCUGUACUAUCAAUGUCUUGUGGGGGGAGGUGAAUCCUCUGUAUUAUAUGCACAUAUUAGUGUUUUUAUGUGAGCUCAGUCACUUUUUUUGCCAUUUAAGAAAUAUGCUUUAAAAGGAAGGCAUCGGAUUUGUUGUACAUUGAAAAUAAAACUUGCCCAGGCAACUUUAAAUGUUAUUUUGUGUUUUAUGACAUUUAUCAUGGCAUGGCAUGGCAUACGUGUCCUAAUGUGCAUUUUUAAAGUGUAUUAAAUACUAAUACAGUA